AUGAAAACAAUCUUUAUUGUUUAUGUUGAUGACAUUGUAGUGACUGGAGAUAAUAUAGUAGAAAUCGAGAGGCUUAAGAAAAGCUUAGCCGCAGAAUUUGAGGUAAAAGACUUGGGACAAAUGCGAUAUUUCCUGGGAAUGGAGGUGGCCGGAUCAAAGAAAGGUAUCAAUGUUUCACAAUGGAAGUAUGUACUUGAUCUCCUAACUGAGACUGGUAUGCUUGGAUGCAAGUCAAGUGAUACACAAAUGGAGGUAGGAAGAAAAGAUGAAAUUACAGGAAAAUCAGUUGAAAUAGACAGAUAUCAGCGACUUGUUGGAAAAUUAAUCUACCUCUCUCAUACUAGACCGGAUACUGCAUUCGCUGUAAGUGUGAUAAUUCAACAUAUGCACUCUCCAAAGGAAGCUCACUUACAAGUAGUGUACAGAAUCCUAAGAUAUCUUAAAGGUACCUCUGGAAAGGGAUCAUUCUUCAAGAAAAUGAAAGGAAAGAAGUGGAAGUUUUUACUGAUGUGGACUGGGUUGGUUCACAAGAAGAUAGGAGAUAAACAACUAGCUAUUGUACCUUUGUCUGGGGAAAUUUGGUGA